UUUACUUCACUCCCAUCUCUGCUGAAGGAGCGGAGGGGCAGAGCGGAGGGACCCCGGUCGUUUUUCAAUGCUGGGGAGCUGGGAAGCAGGAACCGCCGGAGGUGGGCAGGUGGCCGCGGCCGGCGGACCGCCAAGCCGGGAUCAGGAGACCCUUCCCGGCCGCGCAGGGUGUCGCCUCACCGGCCUGGUCAGCUGGAGGCGGAGACCAUGCAGGACUUCAGCCCUGUUUGCUGCAGCCAACGCGAUGUUCGGGUUUGUGGCCUUUGGCUCGUUUCGGGCCUACACCCUCCUAGCUGUCCUCCUGGCCCUGCUGGUCAUCACGGUCACCACCCGAGAUGUAAUUCGGUCCAGAUCCGCAGGUAACCCCCAAAUGAUCAGCCGAUUAAAGAGAAGAAUAACUAGAGCUCAGUUAUGGCACAGCAUGACAACAAGUUUUUACCUGGCAGUUUUUGUUGCACCAUUUAGCCCUCUGAAGGUGCCUGAAGACCUUGAGAUGUCUCCUGAAGACCAUGGGGCAGGAUUGAGCUGGGAGAUCAUUGAUUCAGGCCAGGACAGCCAGACUGGGGUCGGACCUCAGCUUACUGACUCCCUCAGACUCUUUCUGCAAGAGACAUCAGCUUUCAAAAAGCAGAACCCAGGCAAGUUUUGCCUGCUGGUUUGCAGUGUGUGCACUUUCUUUGCUGUCUUAGGACGCUACAUUCCAGGGAUCGUUAUCUCAUAUAUUCUAGUGUUGGGUGUCUUUCUGUGGCCUCUGAUUUCAUCUCAUGACAUCAGCUCGUGGCUGGAGCCAGUUCUGCAGAAGCUGGACUUUGGCAUCGGGGAGUUUUUUCAGAAAAUCAAAGAGAACCACGAAAAGCGACUCCUGCAGGCUCAGAAUGAGAAAGAAGGCAUUGAGUCAGACCUCUCCUCUAUGUUUCCAAAGCUCGACUCCACAGUGUGUAAAGAGAUGUCUGUCUCGGACACAGAGGUGUCAGAUGUCACAUGGACAGACAAUGGUACUUUCAACCUGUCAGAGGGACACACACCACAGACUGAGAACUCAGAAGACCUUGACAGAGAAGAACCGUUCAUUGGUGGCCUGCCUGAAUUCCCUUCACUUGAUAAUGGCACGACCACCAAUGGCGACGACGACGAUGACCUCAGCCUCGGCCUUGCUUCACCUCCAACUCGGCUCCAGGAUCCAAUCAAAUCCAAGCACGAACCUCAAGACCAGUCCACCAAUGCCCUCGAUUUGGUCAACCAGAUGGCAGGUGAAGUUAUCACCGCUGCAGUCACGGCUGCCAUCCAGGAGAGAAUAGAAGCAGCGGUCAGCUUCAUGACACCAACUGAAGACCCCAAGCGGGCGAGACUCACAGAAUCGAGCAGGCUGCUGGAGCUGACCGAGGAGUCGGACAGCGAGGUGGAGGACUUUGAGCUGCUGGACCAGUCAGAGUUGGAGCAAUUGGAGGGGGAGCUUGGCCUCGGAGAGGAGAAGGCCAAAGCCAAAGAGGAGGUGCAGACCGACAGUCCCGCCUCUUCUGGCUUCUUGUCCAAACUCCUUAAACGCCACUGACGGAUGAAAAGUUUGAAAGCAGAUGGCGAGGUGUGGUUUCCAGAGGACAUGUGGAGGGGAGGCAACUUUAUAGAGCUGUGAGAACACAGAGUUUCAAUUUAGCUUCUUCCUGUUAAGCAAACAUCUACAGAACUGAUCAGAUAGCGCUGUCUUUUUUUAAUCGAACCAGAGUAGCCCAAAGCUGAGACCACACCAUAUAGCCUAAUAAUGGCUGACCAAACUGAGGCCUCUAAGAUGAUUUCAGUAACUAAUGAAAGAUCCAUGCUCAUCUGAAAACAGGCAUAUGGAUUUUUUAAAUUUAUACUUUUAUUAUUUGCUGGUCCAGCAUGCCAUUAGGACUGCAGCUGAUCAAUCUAUCAGUCAGAUGGAGGCUGGUCACUCACGUUUAUAAGGCUUUAUAUGAAUUUCAAAUUAACACUGAAUUGACAUAGAUGUAGUUUACAGGUAACAGUGUCACAAUGUGGCAAGUGUGCAAAACUAGUGUAGUACAAAACUCUCACUAGAAUAUCUCUUUCCAUUUUACAAAUGCUGGUUUAUAAUAUGAUUUGUUAUUCUUAAGUUGCAGGAAGGUAAACCCACAGUAUGCACCUCCAGCCCUGGACCUAAAACAAAUUAGGUUCCCAUAAAUCUAAUUUGCAUUCUCAUUAAUGUUGCAAUGGAAAAAUGUUAUUUACUUAAAUCUAACUUAUCACAAAAUCAGUCAUAAUUUUUAUGUGAGACAGGAUUCCUCAAACUGAUAAUCCAAGAAACAAAAGAGGAGCUCGGAAUUUAGUUUACAAUGAAACGUCUGUUUUAACCCAAACUUUGCUGAACCUAACAAAGUAGUUUAAAGCUUAAAAAAAUGGGGACAUUAAGAUGAAUACUGACUUCCCGUAAGACUCAAAUCUUGUGACCUACUACUCCA